ACAUAUGGAAUGUCAAUUAAACACAUCUAUAUCUACUGGAAACUGCAAUACCAUUUUCGUUCAUGGAUUUGUAGUUAAAAACACAGCGGUGCAAUGUCUUGAACUAGAGCGAAACUGCUUGCUUUCCUUUCGUCUCUAGAGCGCCGACAUUUUGAAAACCCUGAUGACAUCACAAAGCACGUUCCGUGCGUCCUACGCCGUUGAGCUGCUGCCGCUGAGUGUUAACUGCAGAGGAGACAAAGCGACGAACUAAUUGACUCUUCGUUCAAUUAAUUAUUUUUUAAUUUAACUGUUUGGGUACCGAAUUAGACUGUAACAGAGUUCUGGACAUUAUGGUUAUAAAGAUGAACAUAACACAUCCUGAGCAAAAGGAAGCAUGAUGGUGCCACAAACAUUACUGUGAUUGGAACAGUAAAACUCACGUGGACUUGUGUAGAAGAUUAAGUGAUGGACCUCACUUUUUAUAAUAUCCUAAUCUAUUAAAAAAAGACGCAUGCUUCCAAGUCACAAAAUAAGUUCUUAACAGACCUUUUUUUUUUUUUUUUUUUUUAAAAAAACAAGGACAUUUUCCUAAAAUGGAUAGUGAGGAGAAUUUGUCUCAUAACAGUGAGGAUACAAAUUCAAAACAUGAUGACUUUACAGAAGAUAAUGGAGAGCCAGAAAAUACAAAGGGAAGUGGUAAUGUUAAGGAGGAACCUGACAAUUCUGAAUAUGAAACUAUGCUUACCGGUUACACUAAUACUCUUUGUGAUGCAGCAGUUUAUGCAAAGUCUGUUGCAAUUUCUCUAGGGGCAUUGGCUAAGGAAUCGUGCUCCUUGACCUCUCCUGAAAGGCUGUCUGAAAUGCCUCCUGAGCUGGCUUCUGGACAAUCAUCAGUGGACACACAAACAGCAAUAUUGCCUUCUCCAGAAGGGGUGUUUGAGAAAGACAUUAAGACUUUAACCUCACCUUCAGAUGUAAAAACCAAGGGUCCAAUUUUGAAUGAUGACCAGGGUUCAGUUUUACAACAAAAUAAAAAAACUAUGAAGAGAAAAGCUGAAAAGAUGACUGACAGGACAUCAGAAAAAAUCAACAAAAGCAAAAAUAUUAAAGAGGAGCCAGAAAAUUGCAUAAAUGACAGUAGCGAGGAAAAGAACGAGACCUUUGUUGGUUCACCAGGCAGAUAUGUUGCUAGAGAAAAUGAUGACUAUGGAAAUUUACUUACAGGGUACACUAGUACGCUUUAUGAUGUAGCAAUGGAUGCUGUUACACAAAGUCUUCUCUCAUCAAUGAGAAAUAACGUUAACCCAAGGAAAAAGUCACCUGCUUGGAAUCAUUUUUUAAUAUCUCCAAGGGAUAAUACCAAAGCAAUCUGUAUGUACUGCAUGAAAGAGUUUAGUAGGGGUAAGAAUGAAAAAGACUUGAGCACAAGUUGUCUAAUGAGGCAUGUGCGGAGGGCUCAUCCUACGGUACUUUUACAGGACAAUGAAUGCUCUUCAAAUUCCAUUCUUAAUUCGGUUGCUACCUCUGUAUUGCCUCCCAUAAAUCCAUCCAGUAAUGGGGAACUGACAUCUCAAAAGAAUACUUCCAUGGUAUGUUCACCAGGUGAGACGGAAGAGACUCCAUCUAAGGAGGUAUUUCCAAUGACCCCAACAUCAGACAAGUGUGUCAAAGAUGAGACCUGCAUGGCUUCUUCCCCACAUUCCAGUAAUAACCAUAAUGAAGAUGCAAUGGAGAAUCUGUCUGUCAUGAUUACUACAAAAAAUUCAAACUCAAGAAGAAGAUCUGCUGUUUGGAAACAUUUUUAUCUAUCUCCUGUAGACAGUUCGAAAGCAGUGUGUAUACAUUGUAUGAAUGAAUUCAGCCGCGGGAAGAACGGAAAAGAUCUGGGAACAAGCUGUCUUAUAAGACACAUGUGGAGAGCCCACCGUGACAUUGUGAUAGAAGAGAAUGGAAAUGGUUCAAGUAUUCCACCUCAUUAUUCAACACCCCCCACUUUGUUACCAACGUUCCAGCUUCCAGACACAGGGGAUUCAAAAUUCAAAAAAGAUUCCAAUUUCAUAACCUCUUCUCCUGAAGGGAUGACUGAUGAGGUGCCACAGAAUAUCAAUGAAAGCAUGGACAUUAAAGAGGAGCCUGAUGAUGCACUUUAUCACCUGUCUACUGAUCAUGCAUUAAUAGACACACCAGUAACAGCAUUGUCUUUUCCUGAAGGGGUUAGUGAGAAAGACAUUUUGCUUACCUCAUCACCUGAUGAUCUGUCUGAGGGUCCAAGUUUAAAUAAAGACCAGAGUUCAGUGUUCCAACAAAAUAAGAAAAUUAUGAAGAGAGUGAAAUCAGAAGUGUGGCAUCAUUUUAUUGUGUCUCCAGUUGAUCAUCUUAAAGCUUUAUGUAGAUACUGCCCCUGUGUCAUUAGCAGAGGAAAAAGAGGAGAUUUUGGCACAAGCUGUUUGAUGAGGCAUCUGAUGAGGCGUCAUCCUAAUGUUCUCAAGAACCAAAAAGGCACAUUUGAGAAUAUUCCUUCAUCUCCUCGAUCACCCUAUGCUACAUUAGCUGCUGCAGAAGCGCUGUCAUCUAAAAUCACUGAAAACUCCUCCAUGGCUGAGGAAAAGCCACACAUACUACCUGUUACUAGUAAAAAGACAUCUAAAUUGUGGAAUCAUUUCUCUAUUUGUACUACAGAUCCAACAAAUGUUGUGUGUUUGCACUGUAGUCGCACAAUAAGCAGAGGAAAAAAGACUACAAACCUUGGGACAAGUUGCUUGUUCCGGCACAUGCAGAGAUUUCAUGGAAAUGUUCUUGAAAACAAGGGCAAUGUCUCAAGAGUUCUGGUAUCUUCCUCAGCAGGCAGCCAUGUUGGAUCAGAUUCAAUGGAAACUACUACUGCUACUACAUCUGAAGACAGCAAUGAAAGAUACAAUGAACACCAUCCAGUUGCCAAAAAAAUUACGAAACUUGUUGCUGAAAUGCUUGCAUUGGACCUUCAACCAUCAUCACUUGUGGAAAAUGAUGGAUUUAACAGAUUACUGGAAUACCUUCAACCACAGUAUUCCAUACCUUCAUCAACCUAUUUCUCCAGCACAGCCAUUCCUGAAAUGUAUGAGAAUGUGAAGGAAGUAAUUGUUUCACAUCUUAAGGAGGCUGAAGGUGGCAUUGUUCAUUUCACAGCUGGAAUUUGGGUUAGCAACCAGACACGUGAGUACUUGACUCUUACUGCUCACUGGGCAACCUUUGAAUCAUCUUUUAGACCUCCAGGGCAAGAUUUCCACUGUUCCGCUCUUCUGAAUGUUUCUCAAAUUGACUGUGACUACAACCUCACGGACAUUAAAAAACAGCUAGAAUACUUGUGGGACACUUGGAUUAUUUCCUCUGGUCUGAAAAUUGGCUUCACUGUAACGGAUAAUCAGAGUAUUGCAAAUAUCCUUGAUGACAAUGAACAAGGAAGCAUGCAGUGUUUCGGACACACUAUUGAUCUCAUUGUAAGUGAAGCCAUAAAGAGUCAGAGAAUGGUUCAAAAUCUACUCAGCAUUGCAAGAAAAAUUUGUGAGCGUGUUCACCGUUCAGCUAAGGCAAAAGAGAAAUUGGCAGAGCUGCAAAAAGCGCACGACUUGCCUGAAAAUCAGCUAGUCCAAGAUAUCCCUUCCAAGUGGAAUACAUCUUUUUACAUGCUUGAACGUUUAGUUGAACAGAAGAAAGCAAUCGAUGAGUUGUCUAUAGAGUGCAACUUCAGGGAACUGAUCAGUUGUGAUCAGUGGGAAGUGAUGCAGUCUGUGUGCCAUGCUUUAAAACCAUUUGAGGUUGUCUGCAGGGAGAUGAGCACCCGAACAGCUACACUUGGACAAGUUAUUCCAUUGAUUCACAUUCUAAACAGAAAGAUAGAUAUGUUGUUUGAUGAAACCAUGGGUAUAGACAACAUGCUAAAAUCUUUGAAAGAUGGCAUGGUGAGCCGAAUGUCCUCUUUACUUCACGACCUGAGGUACAUCUGGGCUACUAUGUUGGACCCCCGUUAUAAGACCUCAUUAUUUACAGAGGAAGAAGCAGAACAGUAUAAACAGGACCUGGUCAAAGAACUAGAUUUAUUGUAUUCUACCUCAGGAGAGAGAAAGCCUAUUGUUUCCAAUGGUUGUAGCGAAGUUUCUGCUCCAUCUAACAGUGUUUCCAGUAGCAAGGACAAUCUGUGGGCCCUAAUGGAUGAUAUCAGGAAUAAAAUAAGAGAGGAAAGACCAAAGUCUUCAGAACUGACUGUACUUGAGUACUUGGAGGAAGAAAUAGUGGAUCAAAGCUGUGAUCCUCUUGAUUACUGGAACCUGAAGAAGUUCCUAUGGCCAGACCUUGCCAAAAUAGCUAUUAGAUAUGUCGGAUGCCCCCCAAGCAUCAUUCCAGCAGAGACACUAUUCAGUACAGCUAGCAAGAGCUGUAGCCUGAAUCAAACAAGGUCAAUGCUAGAGAAUAUAGAAAGACGGAUCUUUUUAAAAGUAAACCUUCCCCUAAUAUAUUUUCAGUAUUGAAGAAUGCCUGAACUACUGUUUGAUGGAGUGGGAGUUUUGCUAUAGGAGUAUGUACUGUACAUUUUGUUUUGCUUUUUGUACAGUUUUCCUUUUUUUUUUUUUUUUUUUUUUUU